AUGUUCAAUGUCAAGGGUGGGCUGGUGGAUGUUCGUGCUUUGUUUCGCCCUCCCCUUCACCGCAGAGUGACGCUUGUUGACCAAGGCAACCAAGCAGGAAAGCUUGUGGAAUUUCUGGAGAUCGUAGUGUUGGAGUUUGACAAGCAGCAUGCAGUACAACACGUGGUCCCGGUCUCAGUUGACGAUAUCGUUGGACCUCAAAAGAUCGAUGACAUCAGAUGUGGUGCCUGCCGUUCCCGGUGGACCGACUCCUCUCCCGAUUCAUCGGACGGACAGUGGGAAUGCAGACCCUCUCGAGGGGUGGUGGGGAUCUCAGAGGUUGAGGGCACCGUAGGUGAUCAGUUUGGUAUUUACGACACUGAGGAUGCUUCGGAGGCUGUGUCGUCGGCAUUUGCAGCGCUUUUGUAUGAGCCAAGGGCGACCGCCCUGCCCUGGCUGGAACGAGAAUAUAUUCGCCUUCAACGUGCAGAGGUCGAGAUGUACAAAGUGAAACGAGCAGCCACGGCCACGGCUGAGAAGGCCAGCAUUGGCAAAGCCAAGCAGUUGCAGAGUCCCUCAGGUCAAGAGUUCACCGUUGUUCUCUCCCCUGAGGAACACCAGGAGUAUCUGCGGCGACGGCAGUUGCCCGGGUCACCACAAGGCCCAACAUCGCCAUCCUCGCCGUGGCCGUCUCUGGCUGCAGGGGCUUCUCCCUCGCAAGGCGGUGGUCAGGCUUCCCUUUCUGGACUACUGCAGCAGAUGGCAGCUUCUGCGGCAGCUGCAGCUGCUACCAGCCAAAAGAGGACCAGCCCUACAGCAGGUCGCCCGGCGACACUGGCCACGCCAAGCAUGGCAAGCACGCCGACGAGUUUUCUGGAAUUUGUGAUGAUUUUGACUCCAGAGGAGCAUGCUGAUUAUUUGCAGCGGAGACAAGGCGACACCGGGAAGUCUCCAAGUACCUCUCCGGGUGUCACGGUCACGGCGUCGCCGUUGUCCACGCCACAACUGGCAGCUUCUCCAGGAUCUUCGCGGUCUUCGCGGACAAGGAGCCAGCAGGCCUCACUGGCUGGCCUAUUGCAAGAAAUGUCUGUCUCCGUUCCAACGUGA